AUGCCGGCAACCCAGUCUCAACAUCGGGCGUCUUUUGGGGCGUCUCCAUCAUCCAUAGCAUUGGGAAGACAUUUACAAGUGGCCAUGCCUUUCCUCGUCGAAGAGAGCCAAAAGUCCCAUGGCACAGUGCCCAUCCCUGAUGCCCAGGGUCCGAUCCCGUUUCUUGGAUCAGUCCCCCUCAUAGACACAGAGUUACCAUCACAGUCACUUCAGAUUCUUGCCCGGCAAUAUGGCGAAAUCUACCGGUUUCUGAUUCCAGGCAGGCCAUCACUUAUACUUGUUUCGUCGUAUGAGCUGGUGAACGAGCUCUGUGACGAGAAGCGGUUCAAGAAGAAGGUUGCAGCGGCCCUUCAGGGGCUUCGGGAAUGCGUUCAUGACGGUCUAUUUACGGCUCACAAUGAUGAGCCAAACUGGGGUAUCGCACAUCGCAUUCUUAUGCCAGCCUUUGGGCCAAUGGCCAUCAAGGGAAUGUUUGACGAGAUGCAUGAUGUAGCUUCACAAAUGGUUCUCAAGUGGGCAAGACAUGGGUCAACAACACCCAUUAUGGCAUCUGACGACUUUACUCGUCUGACACUCGACACUAUCGCCCUAUGCUCGAUGGGUUACCGUUUCAACUCUUUUUACCACGAUAACAUGCAUGAGUUCAUUGAGGCCAUGACUUGCUGGCUGAAGGAAGCGGGCAACAAAACUCGCCGGCUCCUUCCGGAUGUUUUCUACCGGACAAUCGACAAAAAGUGGAACGAUGACGCCGAGAUCUUGAGAAGGACGGCUGAUGAGGUGCUGAGGGCGCGCAAGGAGAAUCCUUCGGGACGCAAGGACCUUCUUUCUGCCAUGAUGGAGGGGGUUGAUCCCAAGACUGGCGGGAAACUUAGCGACAGCAGCAUUACCGACAACCUCAUCACGUUUUUGAUUGCUGGCCACGAAACUACGUCCGGCCUACUAUCAUUUGCAUUUUAUCUCUUGCUCAAAAACCCAACAGCAUACCGCAAGGCUCAGCAAGAAGUGGAUGACCUCUGUGGCAGGGAGCCAAUUACAGUCGAGCAUCUGUCCAAGAUGCCCUAUAUCACGGCUGUUCUUCGUGAGACUCUUAGACUGCAUUCAACCAUUCCCGCGUUUGUUGUCGAAGCAAUCGAGGAUACUGUGAUAGGGGGAAAAUAUGCCGUCCCCAAAGAUCAAGCAAUUUUUCUCAUGCUCUUGGAAUCACACCGUGACCCCAAGGUCUACGGCGACGAUGCUGAGGAGUUUAAACCUGAGCGGAUGCUUGAUGAGCAAUUUGAGCGUCGGAACUGCGAAUUCCCCAAUUGUUGGAAGCCCUUUGGUAAUGGUAUGAGGGGCUGCAUCGGCCGCGCCUUUGCAUGGCAAGAGGCUCUUCUCAUCACCGCGAUGCUGCUGCAGAACUUUAACUUUGUCAUGCACGACCCGGCGUACCAGUUGAGCAUCAAGGAGAACUUGACCAUGAAGCCCGACAACUUUUACAUGCGCGCCAUUCUCCGACACAACAUGUCACCAACGGAAUUGGAGCGCUCCAUCUCUGGCGUCGCACCUACCGGUAACAGAACACCCCCGCGAAACGCGACACGAACAUCCAGCCCUGACCCAAAGGAUGGAGGUGUUCCCAUGAGCAUUUACUACGGCUCCAACAGCGGCACUUGCGAGUCUCUUGCUCACAAGCUCGCCGCCGACGCGUCUGCCCAGGGCUUCAAAGCCGAGACGGUCGAUGUGCUGGAUGCCGCCAACCAAAAGCUGCCCGCCGGUAACAAGGGACCCGUGGUACUCAUCACGGCAUCCUAUGAGGGACUUCCGCCCGACAACGCCAAGCAUUUUGUCGAGUGGCUCGAGAACCUCAAGGGAGCUGAGGAGCUCGCCGACACAAGCUACGCCGUGUUUGGCUGCGGCCACCACGACUGGACAAAGACCUUUCACCGCAUACCAAAGCUCGUCGACGAGAAGCUGGCCGAGCAUGGCGCGGUAAGGCUAGCGCCUCUGGGUGUGUCGGACGCCGCCCAAGGCGACAUGUUUGUCGACUUUGAGACUUGGGAGUUCGAUACGCUGUGGCCCGCGCUGGCAGAUAGGUACAAGACCGGGGCGGAGAAGAAGCAGGACGCCGCCGCGACGGACCUAACAGCUGCGCUGUCGCAGCUUAGCGUCGAGGUCUCGCACCCACGCGCCGCGGACCUCCGCCAGGAUGUUGGCGAGGCCGUCGUCGUCGCCGCGCGCGACCUGACAGCCCCCGGCGCGCCCCCAAAGCGCCACAUGGAGAUCCGCCUGCCCAAGACGGGCGGGCGCGCUCACUAUUCCGCCGGCGACUACCUCGCCGUCCUGCCCGUGAACCCAAAGUCGACGGUCGAGCGGGCGAUGCGCCGGUUCGGCCUGGCUUGGGACGCCUACGUCACCAUCCACUCGGGCGGGCGCACGACGCUCCCGACAGGGACGCCCGUGUCGGCGCGAGAAGUCCUCAGCUCGUACGUAGAGCUGACGCAACCGGCGACCAAGCGCGGCAUCGCCGUGCUGGCCGAGGCCGUCAGCGACGCCGCCGCGGAGCAGGCCAAGUCGGCGCUGCUAGACCUGGCGGGCGAGUCGUACGCGGCCGAGGUCAGCGCCAAGCGCGUCAGCAUACUGGACCUCUUGGAGCGGUUCCCGGCCUGCGCGGUGCCGUUCGGGACGUUCCUGGCGCUGCUGCCGCCGAUGCGCGUGCGGCAGUACUCCAUCUCGUCGUCGCCGCUGUGGAACGACGAGCACGCCACGCUGACGUACUCGGUCCUCUCGGCGCCCUCGCUCGCCGACCCGGCCAGGACGCACAUCGGCGUCGCCAGCAGCUACCUGGCCGGCCUGGGCGAGGGCGACCACCUGCACGUGGCGCUGCGGCCCUCGCACGUCGCCUUUCGUCUGUCCCCGCCCGAGACGCCUGUGAUUUGCGUCUGCGCCGGGUCUGGGAUGGCGCCCUUUCGCGCUUUUGCCCAGGAGCGGGCGGCGCUGGUCGGGGCGGGCCGCAAGGUCGCGCCGCUGCUGUUGUUCUUUGGCUGUCGCGAGCCCGGCGUCGAUGACCUGUACCGCGAGGAGCUGGAGGGCUGGGAGGUCAGGGGGGUGUUGUCGGUACGGCGGGCGUACAGUCGGAGGGCGGAGGAGAGCGAGGGGUGCAGAUAUGUCCAGGACCGGCUGCUGAAGGACCGGGCUGAGGUCAGGGGUCUGUGGAGCCAGGGCGCCAAGGUGUUUGUCUGCGGAAGCCGUGAGGUCGCUGAAGGGGUCAAGGAGGCCAUGUUCAAGAUUGUGGCUGAGAAGGAGGAGGGUACCAGCGAGGAGAUUCAGGCUUGGUAUGAGGGGGUGAGGAAUGUGCGUUAUGCUUCUGAUGUCUUUGACUGA